AUGGACAAAGCAAAUAGGACCUCCCCUGUGGUGGAGUUCAUUCUCAUAGGACUUUCUGACUACCCAAAGCUGGAGAAAACGUUCUUUGUGCUCAUCCUGCUGAUGUACCUGGUGAUCCUGCUGGGCAACGGGCUCCUCAUCCUGGUGACCGUCCUUGACUCCCACCUGCACACACCCAUGUACUUCUUCCUGGGGAACCUCGCCUUCCUGGACAUCUGCUUCACAACCUCCUCUGUUCCUCUGCUCCUGCACAGCCACCUGAGCCCCCGGGAAACCAUCUCUUUCUCAGCCUGUGCAGUGCAGAUGGCUCUCUCCUUCGCCUUGGCAGGAACAGAGUGCCUGCUCCUGGGCACGAUGGCCUUUGAUCGCUAUGUGGCCAUCUGCAACCCCCUGAGGUACCCCAGUGUCAUGAGCAAGGCUGCCUACGUGCCCAUGGCUGCCGGCUCCUGGGCCAUUGGGGGUGCUGCUUCUGUGGUACACACAUCCUUGACGAUUCGGCUGCCCUUCUGUGGGGACAAUGUCAUCAACCACUUCACCUGUGAGAUCCUGGCCAUCCUAAAAAUGGCCUGUGCUGACAUCUCCAUCAAUGUGAUCAGCAUGGGAGUGACCAAUGUGAUAUUCCUGGCAGCCCCAGUCCUCUUCAUCACCGUCUCCUAUGUCUUCAUCACUGCCACCAUCCUGAGGAUCCCCUCAGCUGAGGGCAGGAAAAAGGCCUUCUCCACCUGCUCUGCCCACCUCACUGUAGUCAUCAUCUUCUAUGGCACCUUAUUUUUCAUGUAUGGGAAGCCGAAGUCCAAGGACCCACAGGGCAAAGACAAAUUGGACCUUUCAGACAAGCUCAUCUCGCUCUUCUAUGGGGUGCUGACCCCCAUGCUCAACCCCAUCAUCUACAGCCUGAGGAACAAGGACGUGAAGGCCGCUGUGAGGAAGCUGGUGGACCAGAAACGUGUCACCCAGUGA